CGAUCGCCUCCUCCCUGCGCUGAGGUCUGGUGUCUUUGCAUUAAUUUAUACUCUUUAUCCUUCCACCUGCGCUCUGUGUUUGAUAGUUCGUGCUCCCGUACUCUCACGCAACAAGCAUGUCCUCGUUAGACAAGUAUCAAAACGACCUCAUCGAACAUUCGAUGGCGGUCGGAGCCCUCAAAUUCGGAUCCUUCACCCUCAAGUCUGGACGCCUAUCACCGUACUUCUUCAACGCAGGACUCCUCGCAGACGGACCCGUACUCGACACGCUCUGCACGGCCUACGCUAAGACGAUCGCCGACUCUCUCAAAGCCGGCCUACCGCAAUUCGACAUCCUCUUCGGACCAGCCUACAAGGGCAUCCCCUUCGCCGCGUGCACUGCGCUUCUCCUCCACCGCGAUCAUGGGAUCGAUGUCGGAUACGCGUACGAUCGCAAGGAGGCGAAGGAUCACGGCGAGGGCGGGGUCAUGGUUGGCGCUCCGGUGAAAGGCAAGCGAGUGCUCGUCCUGGACGACGUCGCCACCGCCGGAACCGCGAUACGCGGUGCAAUAGACGUCGUGAAGCGCGAGGGUGGGAACGUCGUAGGUGCGGUGUUACUCCUGGAUAGGGAGGAGGUUGGCAGGGAGGGCAAGAGCAUGAUCGAGGAGGUUGAGGGCAUCUUGAGCGGCAAGGGCAGCGUACCGACGAUCCUGAAGAUGCGGCACCUCAUGACCUGGCUAGAACAGCAUGGGCGCACUGAGGAGCUCAAGAGUAUGCAAGAGUACUGGGAGCAGUAUGGCGUCAAGGACUCAAGCUAGAAUCGGAGUCGAGGCUUAGUAAAUAGAACACCGUGGAGAAAUAGCAAGUGGUUUGUACGGGUUGAAUUUACGGGAAAGAAAAAAGGGUUCGUUGUUCCGCACUUCUCACCUGCCACAUCAACCUAACUGCUCUCAGUUUCAUAUAGCGAUAGAGAUGU